AUGAACCAUGCGAAAAUAAAAUAUUCGGCGAAGCGUGAUCACAGAUUUCUUUACGCUGACUUCCAGACACUCUUUUGCAAAGACUGUAUGCACAUUAUCAAGUUAGAUUUGUUCGUUCUUACUUUCGGUCUUUCGUUUGUUCUUUCUUUCGUUUGUUCUUUCUUUCUUUCGUUUGUUCUUUCUUUCGUUUGUUCUUUCUUUCGUUUGUUCUUUCUUUCGUUUGUUCUUUCUUUCUUUGUUUUUUUCUUUUUCUUUCGUUCGUUCUUUUUCUUUUUUUUUUCUUUCGUUCGCUCGUUCUUUCUUUCUUUCGUUCGCUCGUUCUUUCUUUCUUUCGUUCGCUCGUUCUUUCUUUCUUUCGUUCGCUCGUUCUUUCUUUCUUUCUUUCGUUCGCUCGUUCUUUCUUUCUUUUUGUUUUCUUUCUUUCGUUUCGUUCUUUCUUUCUUUCGUUCGCUCGUUUCUUUCUUUCGUUUGUUCUUUUUUUUUUCUUUUCGUUUGUUCUUUCGUUCGUUUUCGUUCGUUCUUUCUUUCGUUUGCUCGUUCUUUCUUUCGUUCGUUCGUUCGUUCUUUCUUUCUUUCUUUCGUUCGCUCUUUCGUUUGUUCCUUUCGUUCGCUCGUUCUUUUUUUUUUUCGUUUCUUUCUUUUCUUUCUUUCGUUCGCUCGUUCUUUUUCUUUUCUUUCGUUUAUUUUUUUUUGUUCAAUUUUCGUUUUUCUUUCCUCGUUCGCUUCAAAAGAUUUCUUUUCGUUUGUUCACUUUUUUGUUUGUUCCACGCUCGUUCGAAUUCUUCUUGUUGUACUGAAUUCAAAAAGAUAUCUUCCUUUCCAUUCCUCCACCCUUCGUUCUCUGUUUGUAAUAAAUGCUUCUUUUCAACUUCUCUUUCUUUGAAAUCUUCUCCAGCUCUCUUAGAUAAUCCUUUUAUUAUUAUUUUUUUUCUUAUUUUUAUUGUUUUUCCCUUAUUUCUGGUUAUUACUCACUACCCGUGUAUGUUUCUCUCACUAUCUCUCUCGUUUCUUUCAUUUUUUUCUGUCCACCCACGAUAUUCUCUCUACUCCCAUAAAACAAUAAUACUUUGUGUUUAUCUAUCUAUCUAUCUAUCUAUCUAUCUAUCUAUCUAUCCACACACAUAA